CCACGCCGUAGGCCCGUGGCCUCAUCAGUGCGCCGCACCCGCAGCAACGUGCGGCGGCCGGAGAGAUGUCGCUGCUGCGGUCACUGCGCCUCUGUCUGGUCGCACGGACCGGGAGCUGUCCGGUGAGGGGUCUUGGCCCCCCGCAAGGAAAGCAGGUCUCCCGGUCGCCGCAGCCAUGGCACACCUUUCACGCGGGGCACUGGCUGUCCUCGGCCUCCAGCAAGGAUCUGCUCAUGAAGUUGCGGCGGAAAACGGGCUAUUCCUUUGUGAACUGCAAGAAAGCCCUGGAGACUUGCGGCGGGGAUCUCAGACAGGCAGAGAGCUGGCUUCAUGAGCAGGCCCAGAAGGAGGGCUGGGGCAAAGCUGCCAAGCUCCAUGGAAGGAAGACUAAAGAAGGUCUGAUCGGGCUGCUGCAGGAAGGAAACUCGACUGUGUUAGUUGAGGUAAACUGUGAGACAGAUUUUGUUGCAAGAAAUCUAAAAUUUCAACAGUUGGUCCAGCAAGUAGCCCUUGGAACCAUGUUGCAUUGUCAGAGCCUAAAGGAUCAACUUUCCACUUACAGUAAAGGCUUCUUGAACUCCUCUGAGCUCUCUGAACUUCCCUUUGGGCCUGAGAGGAAAGGCUCUCUCAAGGAUCAGCUGGCCUUAGCAAUUGGGAAACUGGGAGAAAACAUGACUCUUAAACGAGCUGCAUGGGUGAAGGUGCCAAAUGGGUUCUAUGUUGGCUCUUAUGUCCAUGGAACAAUGCACAGUCCCUCACUCCACAACCUGGUGCUGGGGAAGUACGGGGCCCUGGUCAUCUGCGAGAUAUCUGAGUGGAAGGCAAACCUUGAAGAACUUGGCCGCCGCCUUGGGCAGCAUGUGGUAGGCAUGGCCCCUCUCUCUGUUGGCUCCCUGGACGAUGAGCCUGGGGGAGAGACAGAAACCAAGAUGCUGUCCCAGCCGUACUUGCUGGAUCCCUCUAUCACACUGGGACAGUAUGUGCAGCCCCAGGGAGUGUCUGUGGUAGACUUUGUGCGGUUUGAAUGUGGCGAAGAGGGAGAGGCAGCAGAGGCUGAAUAGGUUCCAGAGACUUUAGGCCAGGAGGAAACAUUUGUUCUUAGUUCUGGGCUUUAUUACAAAAAGCAGUUAUUUUCUAAGCCUCUUCAAACCCAGGAUUUGUUUUUCAUUUGUGUUUGUAAUGAAAUUAUACAUCAUGAGUAAAGUUAUUAAAUAAAAUUGUUAUAUAAUAAA